AUGCCGCACCAUUCCAACCGACCCGUCCAUCCGCCUUCCAUUCGUCGUCCCUAUGUCUCUGAACAUGACCUCGUCCAGUGUCCCAACGAUGAGAGUGCAGCGUCUAUUGAGCACCCAACUUUCUUUCUUCUAUCCGACUCAGACACGGACACAAGCUUGUACAUUGGUGAUGGCAGCCUCGACGGCGAGACUCUGGUGGGAGCCCCCUCUCCUAGAACUUCGUAUUCUAGAACCAGAACCGCCAGUACUCGUACCUCCACCCCUGAUGGCCCCUCAGAUGUCGACAGUGAUGGGUUCUCAUCGAACUUUUGGAACAUAUCGCCAGAAGAACGCGCUCUCAUGACUAACAGUGCCAACUUUGCUCGCGGCCGCCGCCGGCGUCGUGGUGCCAUCCAAGCUGAUGCUGUUUCGGAGCCUGGUCCUUCUUCGCCGCUGUCAUCGACCCCUUCCGUCAAACUGUCUCCACCCGCCUCUCCUCUUGGAUCUUCUUGGGCUCAGGUUCCUCAUGAUGACAGCGGUAAUGGUAUUGCUCGUGUCUCCGAUCCCUCUGACGCUCCUGAAAACUCCACGACAUCCCCUCGUGGUCGUCUACAACGCUCAUUCACACCUUCGGAGCGAGACAAUGCUGGUGUGGUCUUAGUGCCCGGUCUUUUUCGUCGCCUGGGCCGUCCUUUCUCUGUUUCGACGAUCGGUCUGCCUUCUACCGGUCGAUUAUCACGCCUACGUCGUUUGUUCUCUCGUCGUCGUUAA